CGCGGUUUUCCUUUUAUAGAAAGCGAGUCGCUCGCGGAGCUCCAGGCAGGAGGAGGUGAAGCAGGAGAGAGAGUGGAGUGAAGCCGGCAGAAGGCGCUCAGGUUCAGCAUCACUUCUCAAAGUUUCUCGCAGACUCUGUUUGUGUAUGAGAGCCGCUUCGGAGCUCGCUCUCUCACACUCUGUCGCCCCAGCGCUCCGCUGCCGUCACACGGAUCGUUCUCUCCGGUGUCUAGGAUGUUAUCCAGCCAGACCGGAGCGGCUCUGAGUGGAGCCGGAUCAGCGGCGGGGAAGAGCGCAGGCCACGGUGCGGUGCUGAUGGGUGCCGGGGUCCGCACGGGGUUCGCGCGGGGUCUGGGGCCGCUGCAGGCGGGAGCGAUGGGGCUCGGGAUGACCGGGAGAUUUGAACCAGUUAAAGAGGGACCCCCGCACGUGUGCAGCGGCUCUGACGCGGACUCUGACUCGGGUGAUGAGGACGAGCUCAUGGGGUCAGUCGGGGACGGCCGGAGGGCAGGCGGCGUCAAGCGGGAGAGAGCGGAGAUGGAGGCGGCGAUGGUGGGACCGAAGGUCGGCUUGCCCCCCGGGGCGCUCGCGGGUGGAGCGGCCGGAGCGAAACCGGGCAAGAAGACCCGUGGCAGAGUGAAGAUAAAGAUGGAGUUUAUAGACAACAAACUACGACGGUACACGACCUUCAGCAAGAGGAAGACAGGCAUCAUGAAGAAGGCGUACGAGCUCUCCACGCUCACAGGGACUCAGGUUCUGCUGCUGGUGGCCAGCGAGACGGGGCACGUCUACACCUUCGCCACUCGGAAGCUGCAGCCCAUGAUCACCAGCGAGACGGGUAAAGCUCUGAUCCAAACCUGCCUGAACUCUCCUGACUCUCCGCCGCGCUCCGACCCGUCCACGGACCAGCGCAUGAGCGCCACGGGCUUCGAGGAGACGGACCUCACCUACCAGGUGUCUGAGUCUGAGAGUCUGGGAGAAACCAAGGACGCUCUGAAGCCGGCGUUCACCGUGGCCAGUGUCCCGGGCAGCACCAGCGCUCCACCCACCGUCCCCAGCUCCUCCACCAGCAUGCAGGCCAGCAGCGGCCCGUCCUUCCCCAUCACCAGCUACCUGCCCCCCCCCGGCACCAGCGGAGCCAAGAGCACCGGAGCCCCAGCAGGAGUCAUGCAGCUGCCCGCCGGAUUCACCUUCAUGUCAGGCUCUCCGUUCGCUCCUGGGACUCCUGCGAUUCCUCUGGGUCAGCUCCAGCAGCAUUCACUGAGCGCUCAGAGCAUCACAGGUGGAGCGAUGCCGCAGCAGCUCCAGUCCAUCCAGGUCCAGUCCAGCUCCGUCAGCACCAGCUCCAGCAGUCCAGAGAUCUCUCACAGCAGCACAGUCUCCACAGCUUCAGUCAGUCUCCCAGCAGCCAUCGUCACCUCCUCAGUGUCCUCCUCCAUGACGGGUCACAUGAUGUACCCCAGCACACACACACUCAUGUACGCUUCAGCGCCCACGCUAGCAGACGGGAGUCUAGCGGUGCUCAACGCCUUCACACAGGGACAGGUGUCACACACACAGACUCAGGACACGGCCGGCGUUCCUCAGGUGUUCCUCACAGCUCCUCCCGGUACGGUUCAGAUUCCCGUCUCGGCGGUGCAGCUUCAUCCAGUACGGCAAGAUCAACACUUCACAAAUGGUGAUUGGUCAGCAGUCCAGCGGCAGCAGCAGUAGUCUGACCGAGCUCCAGGUCGUCGAUCUGGACGCCUCACAGAACGCCAAACACCACUGACCGCUCCACCACAGACUGACGCCGCUAUUUAUUACACCUUUCUGAGGCUGACCUCCUUACAUCGGAUUCUACAGUUUCUACUCUAGACGAGACUGAAGAGGAAGAUCGGCUCUGUGUCUCUCUGUGUCUGUGUGUUUUACUUCCAGCGUGUGUGUGUGUGUGUGUGUGUGUGUGUGUGUGUCUCUGUGUGUGUGUGUGUGUGUGUGUGUGUGUGAGAGAGAGAGUGAGUGAGUGUGUGUGUGUAUCUCUGUGUGUGUGUGUGAGAGCGUGUAUUACCUCCAUU